AUGGGUGGACCUGAAGGAAAAGCUUAUAUGGGUUGGUGGGGUCAUAUGGGAGGACCUACACAAAGAGGUGUUGUAACAUAUAUGAUAUCUUCAUUUGAACAAAAGCCUUUUGCUGGCGCUCUUCACAAUGCUGUCUUCAACACAGCUCGUCGUGUCGCUUCCCAGAUCCCUUAUGUUGGUGUUCCCUUCGCUUUUGGCUACUGGGUUUACUCUUCAGCCAUUAAAGAACAUGCUUACCUCAACUCCAAGGCUGGACAUGCCGCUCAUGAAGGGGCACAUUAA